AUGUAGAGCUGCAUGGCUAAAAUUAAUUGCUAUGAUUAUUAUAUUGUUAUGAUCCAAAAUCCACCUAAGUCUUCUAAAUUGAAGGAGAGCAUCAAAUUAAAGAAAUAUUUAAUAGAUUAUUAAAGAAGGUCAUAGAUAAAGCAUUAGAAAAUGAAAUUUUAAGAUUAUUGCUACUUUUUCUGCUUCCAAUUCAUUAAAUCUUUUAGUUAUGUCUUUAGCAUAAGCAUUCUCAUUUUGUUAAUUUAAGUUACAUAUUUAACAUGA